UGAAGAUGAGGUCAAAAGAUUUGGCUUUUAUCAUCAUAUUAAUCAUCUCAGGAGAAGUCUAUGCAGGAGAGAAACCCUGUGGUCUUCCUAGUGUGGAAAAUGGAAGGAUUGCCCAAUAUUACUAUUCUUUUAAAAACUAUUACUUUCCAAUGAGAAUAAAUGAAAAACUGUUGUUUUCCUGCUUGGCUGGUUAUACCACUGAAACUGGGAAACAAGAGGAGCGAAUCACAUGUACCCAAGAGGGCUGGUCUCCAGAACCACGUUGCUUCAAAAAAUGCACUAAGCCUGAGCUGAAAAAUGGUUACAUCUCUGAUGUAACAUUAGUGUACAAAAUUCAAGAGAACAUGCGUUAUGGUUGUAAUUCAGGAUAUAAAACCACUGGAGGAAAGGAUGAAGAAGUGGUUCAGUGUCUUGCUGAUGGAUGGUCUUCUCAACCUACCUGUAAGAAGGAACAUGAAACAUGUUUGGUCCCUGAAUUAUACCAUGGAAAUUAUUCCACAACGCAGAAAACAUUCAAAGUGAAGGACAAAGUACAAUAUGAAUGUGCUGCUGGCUACUAUACAGUUGGAGGAAAGAAGACCGAGGAGGUAGAAUGUCACACAUAUGGAUGGUCUCUCACACCAAAAUGUACCAAAUUAAAGUGCUCUUUAAGAUUAAUAGAAAAUGGUUAUUUUCAUCCUAUAAAGCAAACAUAUGAAGAAGGAGAUGUAGUUCAGUUUUUCUGUCAUACAAAUUAUUAUCUAAGUGGAUCUGACUUAAUUCAGUGCUAUAACUUUGGUUGGUACCCAGAAUCUCCUGUAUGUGAAGGAAGAAGAAAUCGAUGUCCUCCUCCGCCUCUGCCUCUAAACUCCAAAAUUCAAAGAUAUUCAACAACUUAUCGUGAUGGAGAAACAGUUCAUGUAGAAUGUGAACUUAAUUUUCAGAUACAAGGAUCAGAAGAAAUACGUUGUAAAAAUGGAAAGUGGACAGAACCUCCAAAAUGCAUUGAAGAAAAGGAGAAGACAGCCUGUGGGGACCCACCCUUCAUUGAGAAUGGUACAGCAAACCUGGACUCUACAAUUUAUUACAAUGGGGAUAAAGUGGCAUAUGAAUGUAAAAGUGGGUAUCAUCUUCGUGGAUCAACAGAAAUAACUUGUAAACGUGGGAAGUGGACACAUCCUCCUGAGUGUGUUGAAAAUAAUGAGAAUUGUAAGCCUCCACCUGAUGUAAUAAAUGGGGCUGUUGUUGAUGGAUUAUUGGCAAGCUACACAACAGGAUCCUCGGUGGAAUAUAGAUGCAAUGAAUAUUACUUACUGAGUGGAGCAAAAGUAUCUCACUGUGAACAAGGAAGAUGGUCAUCCCCACCUAUUUGCUUAGAGCCAUGUACUAUUAAUGUGGAUUACAUGUACAGAAAUAACAUAGAGAUGAAGUGGAAGUAUGAAGGAAAGGUCUUACAUGGAGAUUUAAUAGAUUUUGUAUGUAAACAAGGAUACGACUUAUCUCCAUCAACCUCAUUGUCUGAAUUAUCUGUACAAUGCAAUAGAGGAGAAGUGAGAUAUCCUUUAUGUAUUAGAAAAGAAUCUAAAGGAAUGUGUGUAUCUCCUCCACUUAUUAAAAAUGGAGUCAUAAUUAGUUCAACAUCAGACAUCUAUGAAAAUGGUUCCUCAGUAGAAUACAAAUGUUUUGAUCACCAUUUCCUUCAAGGAUCUAGGGAGUCCUAUUGUUUAGAGGGAGUGUGGACUAUGCCACCAUUGUGUUUAGAGCCUUGCACAUUAUCUUUUGUUGAAAUGGAAAAUAAUAAUUUACUCCUUAAAUGGGAUUUUGACGAUAGACCACAUAUUUUCCAUGGCGAGUAUAUUGAGUUUCUUUGUAAGAGAAAUACGUAUGUAGCUGAGUUCGCUAUUACUGGAUCUGAACUCAGAGUGCAGUGUGACAGAGGGCACUUAAAAUAUCCAAGAUGCAUUCACAGAGAAAGGAUGCUGUCUUAUCAACAACCCUUCAGGACAUAAAAAUGUAUGGCAG